AUGAUUGGUAAAAUCGUAGCCUUUUGGAAAAUGAGUCGUGCUCCGCCAUGUAACGAAUGUGACCAUGCUGAGGCUGAGGCUACUGAACGUUGUGUACGGUCAAACUCGAUAGGAGCACCUCUCGAUUUACGAGGAAAUAUCAUCGAUGAGCUGCCGCAAACAAGUUUCAUCGGAUUAGAGGAAAACCUUGUUCAUCUAAACUUGAAAAGAAACCACCUUCGUGCUGUGCCUAAAGGCCUCGACGGAUUACGCUUGCAUAAGAUGGAUUUCCGUCUUAAUUUGAUAUCAUCACUCUCAGUUGAUGAUGUCAUCACUUUGGCACAGUGCCGAAACGUCGACCUUUCGCGAAAUUUCAUAAAGGAAUGGCCGACGGUUGGCGAGAAGCUCAACGUGACGGUCGUCAUUGAGCGAUUGGAUCUUGCUUCGAAUUUGCUCUCUUCACUUCGUGCUGGUGUAUUUUCUUCGUUGUUCACUUUACAAUCGUUGCGAUUGUCGAGAAAUAAGAUCAGAUCCAUAGAAAGUCAUGCGUUUCGUGGAAUGGACUCAUUGGUUUCUCUGGAUCUGUCGAAGAAUCUCAUCCGAAUCGUGUCGUCGUUAGCAUUUCACAACUUACAAUCGUUAGCCAGUUUGUCGUUGGCCAGAAACGAAAUCUCAAGAUUUGAUGACGGUGUGUUUUUUGGUUGUGAUUCGUUGACGAUGUUGAAUGUGUCCCGAAACCACAUUCGCACGAUUUCCGACAAAUGGCUUUUUGGUCUCGAUGGUCUUCGUCAACUGAUUUUAGCCCCUGGCCAAAUCGAUUGCUUCACCGGUCGAUCGUUUGAUCGAUUUAAAAUCUAUGAGAAGUCCAAAUAUUUUCUUCCGUCGGGUGCAUUUCGUCUCUUGACACGUCUCGACUUCCUCGGAUUGUCGGGGAAUUCGAUCGAGUCGUUCCAUAAGACCGCAAUGACCGGUCUGGACCAGUUGAAUGAGUACGUUAGACUCGACCUCUCGUCGAAUUCGUUGGCAGUAUGUCUGGAAGAUAAUGCGAUGCUCUACAAUACUUCUAUGCCAUUUCUUAAAUCGCUCAAGUUCCGUAACAAUCAACUUCGUGUCAUACCAAACCGGGCAUUCGAGAGGUUUCCAGCUUUGAAAUAUCUUGAUCUCGCCGACAAUCCGAUAACCACCAUACAUCCAGAAGCCUUCACGCCCCUUCAGUUAACUGAAUUAACAUCUUUGAUGGUCUACAAAGUAAAACUUAAGAAUUCCAAAGACAUAGUUCAUCUCCGGUUUGUAACAGUGGAUGAUUCGCCUCGUGCUCGAAUAGUCGCUCAUCCGUCAACGAGUGUAAGCACAUUAGUUGGUGAACAGGCACGGUUCAGUUGUUCUGGAUAUGGCCUUGCACCUCUUCAUGUUGAGUGUAUUGGCUUGACAUCAACUCCAGGAACUAUCAACGGUCACGAGCUGGUCACUGCCGAACUGCUGCUACUCGAUGUGUCGACGUCCGAUCGAGCUGAGUACCAGUGUGUGGUACGGAAUCGUUUCGCCGCUGAGCACAGUACACGGUCAACCCUUAAGAUAUUUCAAGCGCCUGUAUUUUCUAACGAACCCGACGAUAUGUCGUUGCUUAUUGGACAGAACGCGAAGAUCAUGUGCGCAGCCACUGGAAUUCCUCCUCCAGUAAUCAAAUGGUCAAAGGAUGGCGGGGCUGCGUUUCCGGCAGCUCUUCAACAUCGGCUCUUCGUUCGUCCAAAUGACGACCAUCUCUAUGUUGUCAACGUUACCAGGGAGGAUCAGCAUUGGACGUUGAACGGUGAUCCGGUGUUCGUCGACGGUGAACGAGCGUCACUCAAAGCUCUUGGGCAGAUUCUUGCCAUCAAGAAGGUUCAAAUGAGCGAUUCUGGUGAAUAUGCGUGCGAACUGUGGGCUGGCAAUGAUCAGCUAGCUCGACAAGCAGCCGUCAUAAUGGUAGAUUUUCGCACUAACAACAUGCUUUAUGGGAUUUCAAAGGGUAUGCAGCAGCAGAAAAGUGACAGAUCGUCUGGAACCAGUAUAAAUGAGUUGUAUUAG